CAAGACUCAAUGUGGCCACGUCGCGUUCCCUCCAGCAUAGUCUGGCCUCCUGCUCUGCCCAACCGAUGGAUGAUGGGGCCUCUGGGCACCCGGCACGGCCUGGAGUGGCUGCUGGGCCUCUACUUCCUCUCCCACAUCCCAAUCACCCUGCUCGUGGACUUGCAGGCGGUGCUGCCGCGCGAUCUCUACCCCGUGAAGCUGAGAAACCUGCAGCAGUGGUAUACUGAGUUCAAAGAUCCCCUGCUACAGAACGCCCCGGUGUGGUUUAAGUCCUUCCUGUUUUGCGAGCUUGUGUUUCAGCUGCCUUUCUUUCCUGUCGCAACAUAUGCCUUCUUCAAAGGAGGCUGCAGGUGGAUCUGCACCCCUGCAAUCAUCUACUCGGUUCAAACGAUGACAACUCUGAUUCCAAUCCUCUCCACAUUUCUACUCGAGGAUUUCUCCAAAGCCAGUGUUUUCAGAGGACAAGGACCUAAGACUUUCCACGAACGACUAUUCCUUGUAUCUGUCUACAUGCCCUACUUUCUCACCCCUCUUAUACUUCUGCUUUUCAUGUUGCAGAACCCCUACUACAAGUCUGAGGAGAAAAAAAUGAGGAAAAAUAACCCCGGGUCCAGGGGAGAGGUGACCACGGGGCAGUUUCCUGUUGGACCCAGUACCAGGAAAAUGCUCAGAGCCCAUGUUUUCAGUAGUAUUUGAAACACACCAGCAGCAACACACAUGGCCAAGGCACUGGCAGGAGGCACAUCAAACCCUCAUCUUCCAAGGGCACUGGCAUAA